GCGCCGGUAGCAGGCAAUUUCCCCCCCCUCAGUAACCAACCCAUUGUGAGCUCUGCCCGAGCGAGACCACGCCAAAAAAAAAAAAAAAAAAAAAAAAAAAUGUCCCCGACGGUGCCCUCUGGAGGGUUCUCUCUCUUCCCAAACACCAACCCAUCACGGCCACCCUCGAGAAACCAGACACCCAGGCCACGAGCACCCACUCCUCAGUCUGCAGUACAGGAACCAUCUUCGGCGGUGGAAAGGACCCCUCCCCGGACCGGGAGGAAACAGUCGAUACGUAGAGCAGGGUCGGUAAGCGACGGGAAGCAGCCUGUUUCCAAUGGAAGGCCACCCGAAGUUCAGGUUCAAAUGUCAUCUCUCGGGAGCGGCCAUGAUCCCGUGAUAGAUAGGCCGGCACCUGUCGCCCUCGCAGUCGCCCUCGCAGACGUCCCUCCGCGGUGCGAGACCGCCUUCUCCGAGGCCCAGACCCUCGUCCGCAGCAACAGCAACAGGUCUCGCAGUUCCAUUGCGAAGCCGCCCAUCAUCUCCGAACCUCCGGGAGCGUCGUCUUCAUCGGGUGCGGAGCAGCCGGCCCUGAGAUCCAUCUUCCCGACCUACAACCCUAACCUGCCCCUGGAUCGCCAGGAGUACUUCCCAACCCAGGCCAGCCCCACGCACAUCCCCCGGUCCGCCAUAAGCCGGCCGCUCUACAGUCCGGAGCCGAGAACUCCUGGCCCCGCCUUGAGAAGUCCAAUGUUGUCUGCCGCAACCCAGAUGAGUGCUGGAUCGACGGGCAGAUGGCCGCCAAGGACCGCGGAACCGCCCGUGAUCCCGCCGACCAGCACGACCGAGGAGCUCACGGGGCUAUGGAAAGUCGCCAACGGAUGGAAAGCAUCCGCGUCGGAAGGGCGCGUGUAUUGCCUCGAGAUGACAUCCGAGAGAGAUGCCCCCGUUUACGCCCUCUCGUCGUCCGCCGACCAACCGUUCUACAACCUCCGCCUAGACCCAACCUCCACAUCUGCCUACGUCACCCUGUCGCGGCACGACCCGCAGAAGCCCUUCAAAGGCGCGUCCGCAGCCGGCAGCAACGCCUCGGCGGGCAACGGCAGCAAGACCGAGGGCAAGCACUGGCAGGAGGUGCUGACGACGACGCUGGAGGAGGAAUCGCGGCGGCACCCGCCGCACGACGGGCUCGUGGCGCUUUUGUACCCGUCGGCGGCGGCGCGGAUGGCGCUGGAACGGCCCGACAGCGCGGCGACGGUGAUGCUGGCGGAGAACGAGUGCGCGCGCCUGGUGUGGGAUGCCGACUCGGGAAACCACUUCCUGGCGCACCCGGCGCUGGCCAUGCCGUUCUGCGUCACCGUCGAGCGCAACGCCGUGUGGUCGAGAACCGAGUAUACCCUCGAGCAUAUCGAGUCGCCGCGACACCUCGCUCGCCUGACACGCGACGGUACGGGCAACGGAUGGCUCGAGAUCGAUACCGCCAUCGCGGCCAAGAUCGACUCCGUCUACCUUGCCGACGUUGCGGUCACUGCCCUGAUGUUGGUCGCGCACAAGGAUGAUAGGUUCGCUAGGGCCGAGGUCUUCGAGCCGCCUCCCAUGCCGGGCUCGCCGGCAGCUGGGAGCAUCGCCUCCGGCCAGGCAGGGAGCGGCCGCGGGAGCAGGCUGGGCCUGCCGGGCUGGAGGGACAGCAGCGGCGGGCGCGAGGAGAGGUUGGCAGGGAAGAAGAUGACGAAGAAACAAAAGAAGAAGACGGCCGGCGGGGGGGGUGGGAAGCGGCGGAUGGAGGAGUUCGAGAUGGACAUUGAGAGCCAGGACAGCGAGAUGGGGAAGCUGGACCGCAAGGAGAAGGAGGAGAAGCUGCCUGGCGUGGUGCGGGCCCUGAUCAAGAUCCUGACGGCGGUGUUCAAGUGCGCCAUCUGGGUCGUGUCGAUCGGGUUCAGGGCGCUGGCAGCCAUUGUCGGGGGGCUGGCAAAGUGUGUAACUUCUAAGGCGUGAGAUUGGGAAUGUCUGUUAAUCUGACCUUGGGGCAAUGAUGGGAUCACGGGAGGAGCGGGCAUGGUGGGUUUCUCGUCACGCAGCGAAAGGGUCUAAUGAGUGUGUGUGUCUUGUGUCUCAUCAUUUUGGCG